AUGCAGGUCGUGGGUCCCGUGGGGACACCAUUUGUCCGAGGGCAGUUCACACGGAUCCCCCUCCUCUGCUUCCAGGGCCAGCCACAGCCUGCAGACACCUGGCGGGCCGUGGAAAUCCUGACCAGAUACCAAAGCACUCUGAAGUCUCCAGAUGAGCAGCAGCUGAAGACCUCCAUCGGGAAGGUCUCGCACAUCUUCCAAAGCGAGCUCUUCCAGGCCCUGUUAGACAUCCAGGAGUUCUACGAGUUCACGUUGCUGUCGGCACGCGUGCAGCGCGGGCUCCGGGAUCCAGCCCCCAGUCCCUCGAAACAGCAGCAUGGUGAAGAAGAGACGGGUCCAGCCGAUAGCCCUGGAAGUCCCAGGCAUGCUCUAGAGGCCAACCCCGCUCCCAUUAUUGUGAACACGGACUCGCUGGAACAAGGGCUCUCGGUGAACGGCAGCGAUGGGAUGUUUAAGUACGAGGAGAUCGUCCUGGAAAGGGGUAACUCCGGCCUCGGCUUCAGCAUUGCAGGAGGUAUCGACAACCCUCAUAUUCCAGAUGAUCCAGGUAUUUUCAUCACCAAAAUCAUCCCCGGUGGAGCUGCAGCUAUGGACGGCCGUCUAGGGGUGAACGACUGUGUCCUGAGAGUGAACGACGUGGACGUCUCCGAGGUGGUGCACAGCAAAGCCGUGGAGGCGCUGAAGGAGGCCGGCCCCGUGGUCCGGCUCGUGGUGCGGCGGAGGCAGCCCCCGCCAGAGACCAUCAUGGAGGUUAACCUGAUGAAAGGACCCAAAGGACUAGGCUUCAGCAUCGCGGGUGGAAUCGGAAACCAGCACAUCCCAGGAGACAACAGCAUCUACAUCACCAAGAUCAUCGAGGGAGGGGCUGCCCAGAAGGACGGCCGGCUGCAGAUCGGGGACCGGCUGCUCGCGGUGAAUAACACAAACCUACAAGACGUGCGGCACGAGGAGGCGGUGGCCGCCUUGAAAAACACUUCGGACAUGGUGUACCUGAAAGUGGCCAAGCCCGGCAACGUCCACCUCAACGACAUGUAUGCGCCCCCCGACUACGCCAGCACCUUCUCAGCCCUGGCCGAUAACCACAUAAGCCAUAACUCCAGUCUGGGUUACCUGGGCGGCGUUGAGAACAAGCCUGCCUACCCGGCCCCCCCGCAGGUGACCCCAUCCAGGUACUCGCCCAUCCCUCGACACAUGAUUGGGGAGGAGGACUUCACCAGAGAGCCCCGGAAAAUCAUCCUGCACAAAGGCUCCACGGGACUGGGCUUCAACAUCGUUGGAGGCGAGGAUGGAGAGGGGAUCUUCGUCUCCUUUAUCCUGGCCGGAGGCCCUGCCGACCUCAGUGGGGAGCUGCGGAGAGGAGACCGCAUCCUUUCGGUAAAUGGGGCGAACCUCCGCAACGCGACUCAUGAGCAGGCGGCCGCAGCCCUGAAGCGGGCAGGACAGACGGUGACCAUCAUCGCCCAGUACAGGCCUGAAGAGUACAGCCGCUUCGAGUCAAAGAUACACGACCUACGAGAACAAAUGAUGAACAGCAGCAUGAGCUCUGGCUCCGGCUCACUCCGGACCAGCGAGAAGAGAUCCCUCUAUGUCCGAGCGCUGUUUGACUACGACCGGACCCGGGACAGCUGCCUGCCCAGCCAGGGGCUCAGCUUCUCCUACGGGGACAUUCUGCACGUCAUCAACGCCUCCGACGAUGAGUGGUGGCAGGCGAGACUAGUGACGCCGCACGGGGAGAGUGAGCAGAUUGGGGUCAUCCCCAGCAAGAAGAGGGUGGAAAAGAAGGAGAGGGCGCGAUUGAAAACAGUCAAGUUCCACGCUCGGACCGGGAUGAUCGAGUCCAACAGGUCGAUCAAAACGAAACGUAAAAAGAGUUUCCGCCUCUCACGAAAGUUCCCAUUUUACAAGAGCAAAGAGAACCUGGCCCAGGAGAGCAGCGGACAGGAACAGGGCGUGACGUCCAACACCAGUGACAGCGAGAGCAGCUCCAAAGGACAAGAGGACACGAUUCUGUCGUACGAACCGGUGACGCGGCAAGAAAUUCAUUACGCACGGCCGGUGAUCAUCCUGGGGCCGACGAAGGACCGGAUCAACGACGACCUCAUCUCCGAGUUCCCGCACAAGUUUGGCUCCUGCGUGCCGCACACCACCAGGCCACGGCGCGAGAACGAGGUGGACGGGCAGGACUAUCACUUCGUCGCGUCCCGGGAGCAGAUGGAGAAGGACAUUCAGGACAACAAGUUCAUCGAAGCCGGGCAGUUCAACGACAACCUCUACGGGACCAGCAUCCAGUCGGUGCGGGCCGUGGCAGAGAGAGGGAAGCACUGCAUCCUGGAUGUGUCUGGCAACGCCAUCAAGAGGUUGCAGCAAGCACAGCUUUACCCUAUUGCCAUUUUCAUCAAGCCAAAAUCCAUCGAAGCGCUCAUGGAGAUGAACCGGAGGCAGACGUACGAGCAAGCCAACAAGGUCUUCGACAAAGCCAUGAAACUGGAGCAGGAGUUCGGGGAGUAUUUCACAGCCAUCGUACAGGGAGACUCUCUCGAGGAGAUUUACAACAAAAUCAAACAGAUCAUUGAGGACCAGUCCGGGCACUACAUCUGGGUCCCGUCCCCUGAGAAACUCUGAAGACUUCCCCCACCUCCUUCCUUGUGAGCAGAAGAUCUCUGAAAUCCCACCCCCGCCCACGCCCUCUGCCCCACGGGGGGACACGAAUACUCUUCCUGCCCCUUUUUUAGAUCGUCGCAAAAUUGAGUUUUCUAGUCCUGUUUCUUUUUGUUGGGAUGAAGCGAUCUCAUUCAUCACGUGACUGUUCCCACCAUCCCUGCAUGGACCUCCCCACUGCGCCAUUAGAGACGGAUGAGACCCCAUUCAAGAGUGGUUUUUUUUUUUUUAUUCUUAUUACUAUUAUUAUUAAUGAAACCAAGCAGCGAGACGGGCCGAGGAGGCUGAGGACUAAUGUAAAGAACGACCGAAACCGGGCUGCGGCACUGAGAGAGGAGUGGAGCUUCCCGGGCAUUUCUCCAUGUGUGUCUGUCACUGUCGUGCAGCCCUGACCAGCGCAACACAAAGGCAACAGAAAGCAUUUUAUUUAUCUGUAUAUGUAAUUUAUAUAUAAUAUAGAGAGAGAUAUUAUAUAUAUAUUAUAUAUAUCUGUGGACUAGCAAACAGGAGGGACCUCCUAAACGGUACUAUUUUAUUGCUAGGAUGCAUCCAGUUGUCCCAGGCACUGCGUACGGGAGUCCGCUCUGGUCAGGAAGAGAUUGAACCGGGACCAGGUGCUCUGAAUGAUUCUCCCGGCGGGUCAGUCUUUCACGAGCCAGUGCCCAGGGCUGGAGGGUAGGGCAGAGACGAGGAUGUGGUGUGCGCAGAGGGGGCCACGGGUCUGGAACCACACGAGCGGCAGUAGCCGAUCUGAGGCUGGGAGAGGAGACUAAGCAAGAGGCUGCCGAGCGAAAGCGUGGAUGCUAGUACAUAUUAAAUUGCACAUUGUUUUACAGGCCACCUGAUGAUGUGUUUGCAUGAGAGGUUUCCUUUUUGUUCUAUUUUUUUAAGCGGAUGUUAAACCAAAACCAUGUUGUG